AUGGUGGUGACCCAUAAAUCAUUGAGGAUGGUCAGUCAACCACAUGACCCCGAGGAGGAUGGUGGUGAUCUACCAAUCAUUGAGAAAGAUAUAAAGUAUAGAAAAGGUUCACAAGUGGCUAGAGAGCUGAGUGGUUUGCAUAUAUCUCCUCCUUCCACUGAAAGGAGACGAAAACCGCCAAAGAGAUUUGGUGAUUGGAUUGAAGUUAUGGCAUUUGGGAAAGUUGCAGAGAGCUCGGAGCGAGGAAUCAAAAGCGCAAAGCAUUGUGAAGGUGGUGUCGCUUGCUUUUUCCGCCUUGGAGGGUGA